AUCUGGAGCAGUGUAUGAGGAAUUUCAUCUUAAGGCUCCACAACACUAUCAAUUAUUUGGAUGAUUUGAGUGAGGAUGCAACUUUCAGUGUACAGUUGCAAGUGACAACCUAUUCAAACUUAGAAUUUAAUCAAACUCCUGUUUAUGAUCAUUUUCCUUGGGUAGAAGUUAAAGAAACAGAAAAUAUUUGCCAUUCUGCUGAUAUAGUACCUUUACAUACGAUAGAAUCAGACAUAUUCAAUUUGCAAAUUUAUAUAGAAAAGUUAAAUUAAACCAAUAAAUUGUUUUUCUCUCUCUUUAAAUGGAAGAUCAGGAAGUAAAUAAAAAAAGGAAGAAUCGGUUAGCAGUUUUCGAACAUGUUGUACAUAAAGAGAAGACCCCAAAGAAGAGAAAAUCUGUUAUAUUUUCAGAAGAAGACACUUCUCCCUCUGAGUCAGAAUUGGUUAUAGAUGAUGAAGAACCGGUGGUCCGAAAAAAGAAGAAAAAGGGCAAACCUCUUAUAAAAUUGUCCGAAGAGCCUCUUAGUUUACAGUGUAUGUGGUUGGAUUGUGAUCGUGAUGACCAUUUUACUUCCUGGGCAGUGUUCAAUGCACAUAUUGUACAACAUGCAAGUGAAAAUGCAGACGAAUUCCGUUGCAAAUGGAAAGACUGCACAGAUAAGUUAAGCAACCAAAUCUUAUUAGAGCAGCAUCUCUGUCAUCAUGGCUAUAUAAUGAAACUCAACAAUAUCGGUGAAAAUAUCGUGGAAAGAGACAAAUUGCCAAAAUGCUUGGAAACUCAUGAAUAUAAAAUACCUCUUGAAGCAUCUGGAUACAAAUGCGAAUGGGAACAUUGCCAAUCGGUAUUUUUUACUCUAUUUCAAUUGUUUGAUCACCUGCCUGUUCAUAUAAAAAAUAAUCCGCAGAGCGCUACCGAAAAACAAAAAGAACAGAUUGUGUGCCAUUGGAAUUAUUGCAAUACUAAAUAUUCUACACAAACCAAACUAACGGAUCACUUGAGGGUGCACACAAAAGAAAAAUGUUUGGGAUGUGCCACUUGUGGCAGACUGUUUUCCAGUAAAACAAAGUUUAUUGACCACAGAAAGCGACAGAUGUCAUCUGCCUUACAAUGCUAUCAGUGUUCCCAGUGUCUAAAACUGUUCCCAACCGAAAGGCUGUUAAGAGAUCACAUGAGAUCUCACAUAAAUACCUACAAGUGUACUAUGUGUGACAUGACGUGUCCGAAACCUUCCAUUUUGGCGAAGCACAUUCGAUUUAAACAUGUCAGCUUUAAACCUUACAAAUGCACCGAAUGCGACAAAUCAUUUGUAGAAAAUUGUAAUCUAAAAGCGCACAUGAAAACACACGAAGAAGAAAACCCUCUAAAAUGCUACUUGUGUAACUUCAGUUGUCGUUCCAAAGUAGGAUUGGAUAACCACUACGUAAAGAAGCAUGAUUCCGCGGGUUUAGUGUAUGAAUGUCAUUGCUGUAAGAAAAAGUUUAAGAGGGGAACAUAUUUGACCAAACAUUUAACCAAACGUCAUAAUUACCAUUGGCCUUCUGGUCAUUCCAGAUUCAAAUACAGGAAAGAUGAAGACGGUGUUCACAGACUUCAGACUGUCAGAUACGAGAGCUUGGAGGUCACACAGGAGAUGAUUCGCAGCGAGUUGCAAACCAAUAAUGUGAUAGAACCGUCUACUUAUAACCUCAAAUACGCCAACGACGGCAAGUCGCUGCACGUUUCAUCGACUUCUGAAAAGGGAGAACAUGACAAAGACAAAGAGGACGCAAAUAACGUGAUUCUGACCAUAGAAGACGUCGAUGCUGAAGGAAACGUGGUAAAUUGUGAAGUGGUGAAUUCCAAAGUAGUGCAUGCUAACGAUGUGAAUGAUAUAGACGGUGCAGUUCCACUACAAAAUGCAGAAGAAUCGGACGACUCUAGUGAAUCUAGUGAUAUUGAUGUCAAAUGUAGUGAUCCAGUAAAUGAGGCUAACGACGAAAUAACUAUAAAGUAUGAAAAAGUUGGUUUUGGCGAAGAAGUUGAGGGAAACAGUACCAAUAUAUUGGAUUACAAAAUUUUUAAACAUUCAAAAUGUUAGAAUUUUAUACAUACUUUUAUAAAAAUUUAUUAUGAUUAUUAUUAUUUUUAAAACAAUAAAUAUACAAAUAUUACUCA